AUGCCACUGUACGAUCCCGCUGCUCUCCAGUAUUUAACACCACAUCGACUCUCUGGGGAUCUGUGGCCGUACGUAUUGUGCAUUUGUUUCAUUUGGUGCAUUGCGCUCAUCGUCGGGCUGAGACGACGCAAAUUCCGGUCCCUUCAGGCUGAGACUAGCCUGUUACCAACAACAUCUAAAGACUUGGACGUGGGCUUGGACUUGGCCAAAAAAGGGUCUAACGUUUGCGAUCUGUACCACUUUGCGCCACUUGGAGGGAUGGACCCGGAGACAUCGCCACUCAUGACUAGUGGUCAGCUUGCAGCAAAGGCCGACAAUGACAAAGCCGCUGGUAGCACAAACGAAUUCAAGGAUGAGUCAGGUUCGAACAACGCAAACGCGGCACAGCAAGAAAAGCCAGAAACUCAACCUGAAGAGACUCCUAGCCGAGCCGAGAAGAGCCCAGCAUCGUCACCUCUGGCGGUUGACGAAGAGCCCCCUUGGAGGAGACAGUCUUUCCCAAGAGACCAAACACAUCCAGGGCCUUUGAGACAAGACUCGACACACCAUGAGAUGGAACACGUGCCAGAUGAGUUCCACGCCGGUAUAAUAUGGCGGCGAAGAACGAUUGUAUUCGAGGGUAAAGCAUAG